GAGACGGAGUACAUGCCUGUCAACACAACCUGGGCAGUGAUAAAUCAAUCGUGUAUGCAUCCGUCUUAAUUUUGUAAUGCUUUUCGUAUCCGUCCAUCUUUAUGUGUAUAUCUUGACCGUCUUUCUCUGCAGGUCGACGGCGCUCACAAGUCAGCCUUGAGGAAUUUAGUUUCCUUGAAAAGAUUUGCAGAAAAACUACGCCGGAGGAAAGGACUUGGGCUAAGUUAGUGAACCCGAGGACCAUACAUUGGUACUGCGACGGUCCUGAGCCCACCCAAGAGGCGAUUAGAUACGACGAGCGAGUUCACAGACGUAAGCCCGUCAACUUUACUUUGCCAUUUAACUGAAUUCACUUAGUUUUAAUUUCAUCCGUCAUAAUUUGCAGAGAUGGAAGACGCAAAAAGGAGAGCUUUGAUCAAAUCCCAAGCCGUCAAGAAGAGGGAAUCCGGCGAGGUGGUACCUAAGGUGUCGGCUUCAGCCCCUAAGAGGAAACCGACAUCAAAAUUCGACCGUCCAUUUAAGCAACCAAAGGUCUCUCUUGAACCUGUGGUUGGUUUAAUGGCUGAGGGUAACAAGACCGUUACCCCAGCUAAGCAGGGGACGGGUAAAGGAUUGAUGACGGCCCCAGACGGUAAGCAAGAGAGACCUCCUUCCCUUCUCCGCGACGACUCCAAGUAUGCAUUGGAGAAGCUGUCGUCCAUCAUCACGGCGGAAGACUAUGAAGAUCUUGGAAACCACUCGACGGAGGCUAUGGGGGAGACGGGCCUCUUUGCCGUUGCUCAGUCCUUGGUCAUGAUGAAGGGACUACUGGACCGGUGUCUCAACCGUGAGAGUACCUUGGAUCGGGUGCGCGCGAAGGCGGAGCAGACGGAGGAAGAGCUCGGACAACUCCAUAAAUGGAAGUCCAAGAUGGAGAAGAAGCUAGAGCUUUCUGAGAAGACAAGGAAGGAGCUGGAGGAGAAGACGGUCUCUGCGUUGACGGUCAUAGAGAAAAAGGAGGCGGAGAUCAAAGAACUCAAGGAAGAGAUCCGUCAUGUGAAAGAGGUAGCCGUCGAGGAGUACCGAAGCUCAGAGUCCUGCUUGGGCGAGCUGUCAGAUUCUUUCCUUCAAGGCUUCGAUGAUUCUCUCCGUCAGGUCAAGAAGGCCUAUCCAGAGCUGGAUUUGUCAAUGGUCAAACUUGAGGACCAAGCCCAGACUUCUGCCCUCCCCGUCGCCUCCGAAAAUACGGAGGACCUCUUUGGCGAAGACACUGCUCAAGGAGAUGGAGAGUCCGUCCCGUCGAAGGAUGUCCAAGUCGCUGAACAAAAGAAAGAUUAAUGUCUAUGUAAUUUAUUUUGAGAACAAUCCGUCCUCUUUUUUUUUUUUUUUUUUUUUUUUUUUUUUUUUUUUUUAUUUACAUUUCAGAACAAUCCGUCCUCUUUAAUUGUAUUAAACACUUGCCUUUGGGGCUUUUGGCUUAAUGUUCAUAUAUGCUUUCUAUCAUUGUUUGGUACUUUGUUUAAA